AUGGCUCCAGCUGCGGCUUCCGUUGCCACGUCCGUGGAUUACAAUGGAGAUUUCCAAGCUGGUUAUCAGGAAAUCGACGGCAUCAGUUUGGGUUACCUGCAGGUUAACGGCACGAAGAUGUUUGCUCUGACCCAGGUCUUCAGCGAUCUUUUUAAGGACAUUCCUCGGGCCGCCGUGAGCAAAAAAAUGGAAAGCCUCAAGAUCCAGAGUCGCCGGUGCGACCUGAAGGAGCUGCGCACUCUCAAAGCCAUCCAGUCGGUGCCAAUGCGCGCCGUCAAGUGUUCGCUCAUUUCCAAGACCGACCUGGAGGCCCUCUGCACCUCCUGCAAGGCCUUAACCCCCAGGAAGAGGAAAAGGAAGAGGAAAGUCAAGAGGAGGGAAGCCGAGGUCCUGUUCGAUCGGUCCCGGUUACUACCGGGGUACGACGAACCCGACCACCACGCCUUUCGUGCCAGUUUGGGUGCCGGCUGCGCCAAGCGCGAGGCGCUCUUCGGAGCUCCAUUUGCUAGGAGCUACGAGAAAGCUGCACCGCCUUCCAAAAGCUACAACCGGAACGGUAGAGCGCACCUCCUGGCCGGCGUCCUCCACGCUUACCCCGGGGACUUGCAAUUCCUACACUCGGCUGUCAGGGCGCAAGGAACCAGUCCACCGCCUGGCGAGCCCGAGAUCGGGCGCCCCAAGCGCUCCAUUUGCGGCUGCCUGACCAAGAAAGGUCGCUCAGCCUCUAUCGCCGGCUCCAAGAGGCAAGGUACGUCGGCUGGCUAUUCCAGUGAUUCGGAUUCCAGCGGCGCGUCAAGUCCGGCAAGUUCCAGCGAUUCUUCGGAAGAUGAAGAGGAGGAAGAGGACGACGAGGAGGAGGACGAAUCUUCCUGUAGUAGCGAGGACGGCAGCUCCUCCGGAUCAGAAAGCAGUUCCCUAUGUAGUGGCGACUCAGUGCAAAGCACGCGGUACAGACAGGCCGCCCUUCCCCGCAUCCUUCCCCAAAAUGCAUCUUCCCAAGCCCUUCCCAGCGUGGCCAAAGCACUGCGCCCCGACCCGAACUUGCUCUUUUGGGCCAGGACGUUGCGCGCCUCCAGUUUGGAAAGUUUCAAGCCGAUUCCUAACAGUACGCCCAAGGAGCUUCAGCAAGACAGACCCGAGACUCGGCAUUCUUCAGUUUCCCCAGCCCGUCCGAACGGCCCGCAGCCAAAGAACGGAGGCAUCAGGGAGGCGUCGGAGUCGGGUGUCCAGGAGGGCGAAGAGGCCGAUUUCCUGAGCAUUUCCGAUGGUGUCCGAGCCGGUGAGCAGGAUAAAACUGAGGAAGCCGCGCUUCAUCAGACCUCCGAGGAAGGAUCAGGCAGAGGGGCCCAUUUCGACAGGCUUAUCAGGCAAUCGAAACUCUGGUGCUACGCCAAAGGGUUCAACGUGGAUGGGAAAGGCUUGCGCAGAGCCGACCAGGCCAAAGGGUGUUCUCCCGCUUCUAAAACUGGCCUCCUCAGCCUGGCCAACAGACCGCUGAAAGGGAGCAGCGACUCGGAAAGGGGUUCCAGGAGAAGUCGAGUCGAGCAGGCCAAGGCCCCCAAGAUUCCGAGGAAGAAGACCCCAAAGGGGGGCACCCCGCCUUGCAAACGCUUGCUCAGCACCAGUCCCGGGUCUGUAAGGAAUCCAUUUACUUUGAUGGGCACUUUUCCAUGUACACCCGCAUUAGUCGUGGGUUCAGAUGGGGAUCUCUGUCCUGCAUCGUCCCUGUGCGUCAAAGACUCCUGUGCCCUCUCCAAAACGCACCCACUUUGGACCUGGCAGCUGGGGGGCAAUGCCAUCCCCAUGCCUCCCAGCCUGAAAUUCCGGGGAUAUGGUUUUGAAGACUUCUAGAUGAAAGAUUUAAAGUAGUUUAUGUGCAACGAUUUGUUUCGUUUGUGGAGGGAACAGUGUGGAUGAGAAAGGGAAAAUAGAAUAUAUUCUGUA